GAUUGUCGACCAGGGCAGUCGUCUAUUGGGAAAGAUGCAAGGCUACGUCCAGGGACACACCCCGUUAGAGACCCAACGAGUAUGCACUGAUUGCCUCUUCAUCCCGCUUUUUGUGGCCGCAGUGCUUGGCUUUUUCCUCUGCAUUUCCCAGGCUGUGGAGAAAGGAAGCUUCCAACGUUUGACGUCGCUGCCAGACUUUGAAGGGAACUUGUGCGGUACCAAUGGUCAAGGUCCUUACCUGUACUUUUGCCGCGAACAAGGAAUUGGAUUGGAUUUACAACACCAGAUUUGCCUUGAACAGUGCCCUGUUGACAGUAGCAGCCAAAUCUUCUGUCGUGGUACAGGGACUACGCAGAUGAGCUAUCCGACGCAUUCCUUGGCUGGAAUGAUAUGCAUGCCAACAACCUCUGAUUUGGCCAGUGACAUCAAGCAUGUGUUCAACAACAAUCCCUUUGUGAAGACCUUGUUCGAUGCCAUGGAGGUAACCUAUGACUGGGAGCAGCUGGUCGUGGCAGCCGUUGUGGCAUCGGUGCUAUCCUAUUUCUACAUUUUUUGCAUCUCACUCUGUGCAAAUUGUUUGGUUUGGCUUUGCUUGCUUGCCCUCGUGGCCAUCCCUACCUGCUUGGGCCUGGUUUAUGUCUACAUGUCAGCAAGUCCGGAGAUUGUAGUGCCCAACAGCAUUCCUGGCACGAUCACAACCGGGGAUACUCAGAAUGAUCUCAGCUUUGGAUUGGCUCUUUGUGGAAUAGGCAUUUUGCUGGCUUGCGUCGCAGUCUGCAAAGCGCGGACGAUCAAACUUGCCUUGACCAGCAUCGAGGAGGCGGCUGAUUGUAUCCGACAGAUGCCUGUUCUAUCUAUCCAGCCUUGGAUCAGCAGUGCGGUGACACUGUUGGUUUUCAUCCCUGGAGUCAUUGGUUUUUUGAUGCUCAACAUGUCCGGCGAUUUGCCUAAGCAAGUUGAUUUGACCUCAGGACAACCUGUGUACAGUGGAGAUCCGUUAGUGGCAAUUUCUUUGAUCUACUACUUGGUGAUCUUCGUUUGGAUUCUGGAGUUGCUGCAUGCCAUUUCCCAAUUUGUGGUGAUGUUUACAGCGCAGGUCUGGUACUUCCGGAUGAAGGGCAGAGACGACAGUUUCUGGUCGCAGUUCAGCGGCUAUGAUAUGCUUUAUGGCUAUCUCUACGCUGUUACCUACCACUUGGGCUCUUUGCUUUACGGCAGUUUCCUCUGCACUCUCUUCCGAGUGUUGCGGAUGUUGGCGGCCAUGCUGGUUCGUGCUUCAGAAGAGACGGGCAAUCCAGUGGCAACAUGUUUUCUGAAAUGCUUCACAUGCUGUCUGGCUUGCGCGGAGAAAUUGGUGCGCUCCGUCACGAGCUUGUCAUAUUGUGAUGUUGCGAUGAAUUCCACAACCUAUUGUGAGGGAGCUGAGCAUGCAUUCAGGCUUGUGCAACGCAAUGGUGGUGCUUUGGUGGCUGUGGAAGGGCUCGCUAUGGUCUUCUCUUUCGUUGGCAUUGGGGUGGUCUCUGCCAGCACAGCUGCCACUUGUUGGAUGAUGAGUAAUACCUUCGAUCGGUACAGCAACCCCAUGAGCAAUCACUAUGUGCCGGACAAACAGAUGUUGAUGUUCCUUCAUGCGCUGAUUGGUGCUGCGAUCGCCAUUCCCUUUAUGCACUUGUUUGACAGCAUUUGUGAUGCUAUCGUUUACUGCAACGCUGCAGUAUCCUUCCAAUUACCGAGCUCAUGGGGAUCAUCUGGUGGCCUCUUCGGUUGGUUUUCAGGCCACUAA